CAUCGAUUACUUGUUCGACUGGGAAUCGUGAGCCAUUUAUUUUGCUUGUGACAACAACAGUUUGGUUUUCUCUAAUUCUGUGAUCGAUUUGCAUUGAAUCCAAUCUCCAGUUUUGGAUAAGAGAUGGGGGAAGAGAAUGGCGAAGUGGAGAGGCAGAGAUGCUUUUUUGAUAUAAGCAUUGGAGGCCUACCAUCGGGUCGAAUAGUCUUUGAGUUGUUCAAUGAUAUAGUGCCAAAGACUUGCGAGAAUUUUAGAUGCUUGUGCACGGGCGAAAAAGGAAUAGGAGAGACGACUCAGAAGCCGUUGAAUUAUAACGGUGUAAUUUUCCAUAGAGUCGUCAAGGAUUUUAUAAUACAAGGAGGAGAUUUUUCCAAUGGCAACGGGACAGGAGGCGAGAGUAUUUACGGCGGCACGUUCGAAGAUGAGAAUUUCCAGUAUCUGCACGACAAACCGCUUUUGCUGUCUAUGGCAAAUCGCGGUAAAAACACGAACGGUUCGCAGUUCUUCAUUACAACGCAACCGGCCCCUCAUCUCGACAAUGUUCACGUGGUUUUCGGACGCGUUGUUGGCGGAGUGGACGUUGUUCGCCAAGUCGAAUCAUUACCAGUGGAUGCCAACAGUCGUCCAUUGCAGGAUGCGAAGAUCUCGAAGUGCGGGGAACUCGUCAAGCAGACCAAAGUGAAGAAAGAUAAGAAGAAAAAGAAGGCCAAGAGCGAUGAGGAAAACGAGGCAUCUUCGGAGGAUGACGAGGAGCAGAAGCGGAACAAGAAGAAAAUGAAGAAGGAGCGCAAAAAGGAGAAGAAAGAGAAGAGACAUAAGAAGAGCAAGAAAAGUGCAGAGGACGAAGAGGAGCGUUGCGUAGUCUCCGAAGAGGGAGAGGUGAAAGAGGAUGAGAUGCAUCCGCUUGUAACGUUAAGUAAUAUCAACCCGGAGGAUAUCCCCGAUGUUCCUACAAACAAAUUUUUAAUGAGGGCAACCGGUGACCGAAAAGACAAUAGAAAAGACGAUAAAUACAGGGAUAGGGAUAACAACAAAAACAGCAAAAGUGGUAGAUACAAUCGACGUGAUUGGGGGGAACAAGGAGGAUACAAUCGGCGCGGUGAUAGAAAUGCGAAGACCAAAUCGAAGAGCGGGCGUGUCGUUAAAGGAAGGGGCGUAUUUCGUUUUAGGACUCCGUCUCGGAGCCGUUCGCGCAGCGUUACUCCGUUGCAUUGGAAAAAGGAGGAAGCUCGCGUCAUCAAGUUGUCAGAUUACGAGAAGAAGGAGGCCACGAGGAAGAUGAAGAAAGAUAGGUCUCACGAUAGAGAAUCUUACAAGGGCAAUCGUAGUCGCAGCACCAGCGAACAGCGCGACAACAACAAGACCUCUGACAACUUUAAAUCGAAGGACGUUGAUUACAACGCGCUCGAUUACGAGGAUAACGCCUCCGACGAGGAGAACGAGAAGAAGCAGGUGCCAAGUUUGGUGCAGUACCCAUUGCCGGGCAGUUUCAAACCGAUAGAGAAACCCGAGCGCACGAACGACAAUUUCCUCAUGGAUAUUCCCAACAAAAGGUCAGAGGCAUUGGCCAUGGCGCUCGGGGUGCAAAUCAAAACCGGUACCGAUCCGCCGACAGGCGAAAUUGCGAUGAGCGGUUACGAGAAGAAGCAGCAAAAGCAGCCUCACAUGGAAGAAGAGGCAAGCAAAAGACGCGAUCAGGAGCUGACAGCGCGCCUUCUGAAGAUGGCCGGACAGGAUGAGGCCACCAUAGCUCUGACCAUCGCCACCAUCAAGGAACCAAACAAGCGGAACAAGUUCGAGGCUGAGAAGCCGGAACAGGAUCUGCAACAUCACAAUCAGUCCAACGACAAGCGUGUGGAUAAGUUCAAAAACGGUCGCAAUCGAGAAUUUGAUAGAAAGAAUAAUAGGCGCGGCGAAGGUGAUCGGUAUGUGGAUUCGAGGAGAAAUCGUCGUGGUGGUUUCGGUGGCGGUGGAGGAGGUGGAAGGGAUACCGACAGGUAUAAACGAUCGCCGAAGAGGUCACGUUCCAGGGACAAAGAUAGCAGAAGAGAUAAGAGGUCGAGGAGUCGCGACAGGCGCGACCGACGUCGGUCUCGUUCACGCAGCAACGACUAUCGCAGAAGAAAGCAUUCCGAAAGCGAUCGCAGCGACAAGGAGAACAGCAAAGAGCCGGAGAAGAAGUCCGAGGAGACGGAGGCAGAGAAGUUCAAGAGACGCGCUGAGCAACUUCUGUUGCUCAAGAAGAAGAUGGAAUUGGAGAUGCUCGAGAUGAAGAAGAAAAAGGAUGACGAGGAAGAGGAGGAAGUUAUGAUGGAGAAGCAGCGUAAGGCGAAGGAGGAGGCCGAGAUGCUGGAGAGGGCGAAGAAAGCGCAACGCGAUGCUCUGGAAAAGGAGAAGCUGCUGCAGACGGUGAAGGCUUUGCAGGAGCUGGACAAGAAAGUGCCUAGCAGUAGAAAAAGUAGGAAGAAUUCGCGUAGUUCUAGCUCUAGCAGUAGCAGCAGCAGUUACAGCAGUAGCUCCAGUGAUCGUUCUAGAAGGCGCUCCUCCUCGAGGAACAAUCGGAGACGUCGUCGUCGCCGCUCCUCGAGCAGCGAAUCCAGCAGGGAUCGUCGCUCCAGGAACAGGAGUUCUCAUCGUAGGGAUCGCAGGAGAUAGGAUUGCGUUAAUCUUCGUUUCGUUUAUUUUGCAUAAAUUUAUUUACCAAUUUGACCACCCUCGUAGCACGAACACAGAAAACUCCUUUUGAUCAUAAACCUCACACCGAAACCAUCAUCCACCCUACAAAUCCUUCCUCCUCCGAAUAUAAGAAAAGAUUUAGACUUUUAAGAUUUAAUUGCGUGACCGACCGACCGACCGUCCGCACUCUAGAAUAUAUUUUAGUUUUACUCGGUUUCAUUAACAAAUUAGUAAUGAAUGAGAACCAAAUAAAAAAAAACAUACAA